UGGCUCAUAGCUAUGUAGCGCAAGCAUCUUUAGUGCAUUUGACCGGGCGUCCUCCGUUGUUUUUAGGAUGAAGAGAUGACUGAAGUGAGCGGCGCUGACAGAGGCGCCAUGAAAGAGGCUACUGAAUCCACAGGGCUGCUGAAAACCUCCAGGGCCCUUGGAACUGCGACAGGCCCACAGUUGAUGCUGAACAUCGUGGUGUGUGGUCUUGGGACAGGGCUCUUCACUUUGCCCUGGAGCAUCGCAGGUGCCUCGUGUUUCCUGGGCGUUGCGAUUGUCGCUCUUGUCCUGGCUUUGAAUGCCCGGGGCCUAGGAGAUUCUGCAGGCUAGCUGGAUGUGCCAGUUCUUUCAACAAGUGCCUGGCCAAUUGGGGCGAACGAUGCCUCGAGUGGUGAAUUUCACCAUUUGGGUUGGGGGCUUUUUCUGCCUUGUCUCCUAUGUGAUCGUUAUUGCUGACUGUGGAGGCCCCUUACUACAUCUCCAGUCCUGGCGAUUGAAAGCCUUGUCCUCCGUGCUGGUUCUGCCUUUGUGCUUCUUGGAUCAGCGCUGGCUUUCCAUGACCUCGUCGAUGUCGGUGGCAGCUGUGUUGGUAGUCUUUGGGCUACUCAUCCAGUUGUCCCAUGCGGAGGCCCAGGCCCCGUGUGCCAAACUGCUGAUUGACGACCCAAGCUGAUUUCUGGUAUUGUGAGACAAGAACAAAGGUGUAACUAAGGGUAGGGUGGACCUUGAUUGUUACUCGAGACUCAUGGUUGUGAAUCUAAGGGUGUGCAAAGACGUAGGAUGUGCCAUCCGUGAUGCAAAUUCAGUGUCCUGGCCACUGGCUGCUGUAUAAAUUCUGUGCACAGUGUCCUGGUUUCCGCUACUUUAUGGGAGCCAGAGCAGGACUGUAAAGACCGCAACACUUGCUUUGACAAAUCAAGG